AUGUGUGUGCGGUUGGCCAGUGAAACGCCACCGAUCACCGGAGUAGCGCAGCAUAAAUGUACGCGUGUGCACGUGUCUGUGUGUGUUGGUGUUUGGUUGGUUGUUCCCUAUUGUCCCUUAAGAGCCAGUGAGCUACUGACGAGUGACGAGUGUGCCAGUAUGCAUAAGUGUACUACUUUUACGACGCAGACGACGAGGACGACGAGGACGACUACUAGUGCUGCUUCUGGUGCUCGUGCUGCCACGGUGUUAUCGGUGGCAGCCCUGUGGCUCGGGUUGUUACUUUGUCUCGGUGCGAUCGUUCCGCCCGUCGAUGGCUGCCCGGCGGAAGUGUGCGUGUGCAAGUGGAAGGGCGGAAAGCAGACGGUGGAGUGUGGAGGGCGUGCCCUGAACCGACUGCCCGAUGGUAUGGAUCCGGGCACCCAGGUCCUGAACUUUUCCAGCAACGGCCUUACGAUACUGCAGAGCGAGCGGUUCAAGCGGAUGGAUCUCAUAAACCUGCAGAAGAUCUAUCUCGCUCGGAACCAGCUGGUAAAGAUCCACGAUCGAGCAUUCCGUGGACUUACGAAUCUGGUGGAACUCGAUCUUUCCGAUAACAUGCUGUCGGAGGUUCCGUCGGAGACGUUCGCUGAUUACUCCGCUCUGAUGCGCCUCUCGCUGAGUGGCAAUCCGAUCAGGGCACUGCGUACGAGUGGAUUUAAGCAUCUUUCUUACCUGACGACACUGGAGCUGAGCAACUGUCAGAUAGAGCUGGUGGAGGAUGAAGCAUUCAUUGGGAUGGAUAACUUGGAGUGGUUGCGAUUGGACGGUAAUCGUAUUACGACGAUCCGUGGUGCGCACGUCCUUCCGGCAUCGUUACACGGUAUCAAUCUGCAGAGCAACCGGUGGCACUGUGACUGUCAGCUCACCGAUAUCCACACUUGGUUGAAUCGGUUCAAUGUGCCACAGCGCGAGGAGAUUAAAUGUACGAGCCCACCACGGUUGGCAGGAGAAAGCGUCAAGACACUGCCACUGGAUGAUUUGGCCUGUCUGCCGAUCAUCACACCGGAGACGUCUUACCGGGAGAUUGCCGAAGGGCGGAACAUUUCGCUCGACUGUCGGAUAUCGGCCACACCGGAACCGUCGAUCGCUUGGCUGUUCCAGGGUCAGGUGCUACUGAACGAAAGUCUACUGGUGCCGAACCUUCAUCUGUAUUACUACAUCGACGAUGUGGAUGGGGAGAAGCACAGUGAACUGUUUAUCUACAACAUUAACGUGGAGGAUAAUGGGACGUACUCGUGUGUGGCGGAGAACUCGGCCGGACGCGUCCAGACCAACUACACGCUGCACGUGAUCGUGAAGGAGGAACCGGUGGUCGAGCAGGUCACGUUCUCGGAGGAGUACUUUCUGGUGAUUGUUGGUGCGAGUGCUGCCAUCGGUUUCCUGUUGUUCCUCAUCCUGUGCGUCAUCGUGUGCCGGUGUGCGAGGACCGGUCGCCGGAGGACGGCCUUGAACGGGAAGAAGGGUGCACCGGGUCGGGGUUCCAAGAGUGGCCCGGAUGGUGGACAGUGUGGUGGUGGUGGUGGUGGCAUCCUCGGUGGUGGUGUUGGUGGCGUGACCAAUCAGAAGUGCGCCUCCAUCACGAACCACGCUGAUCUUGGCCAUGAACCGAUGACGGCGGCCAAGAUGAACGGGAUACUUGGUGGUCUCAGCGGUGGUGGUGGUGGUGGUGGUGUUGGAGUUGGUGGUGAUGGAAUAGGAGUCGGUGGCCCACAGGAUAUUGUGCUGUACCUCAACACGAAUCCAAAUCAACUCGAUAAAUCGUCGGCCGCCGUACUGAGUAACAUGACGGCGAUGGCACAGUUCUGUAGUCCACCGUCGGCCCGGAGCUAUCAGGAUCAGAAUCCGGAUCUGAUCAACGAUGCGGAGAGUGGCCAGAACAAGACGAGACCGCGGCCCCCGGAUACACUCGGCGAGUCGGACCUUGGGGAGAAGGAUUCGGAUGAGCAGAGCAGUGUGCAGGAUGGGGGCAGUGAGGCAAGCUACGUCCAGGGUCCUUACUAUCCAGCGCCCUCAUCGGUGGCCCUCGGCCGUGGUCCACGCUUUGUCACGUCCGGUAUGGCGACGUUGCCUCGCGGCGGUGGCGGUGGUGGUGGUGCUCUCCAGAGCAAACCAACCGUGGAGCAGCUUCAGCUACAACAACAACAACACCAACAACAGCAUCAGCAGCAGCAGCAGCAGCAGCAGUUGAUGUCCCCGUACCAGCACCAGGUGGACAUUCAUCUCAGUCCCGGGUGUUUCCUCGAUCAGAACGGCUAUCCGGUGGAUCUGAGCUUGAUGGCCGGACCGAACGGACCGACGGUCAACUACUACCGGACGUUACCGCACAACCGUGGCCAGAAGGUGUCCCCUUCGCAGGGCCCCGGUGCUGGACCCAAGAUCCGGUACGCCAACGAUGCCGAGUUUAUCAGCCGAACGUCACAAUCGUACCAGUUGGCGUACGCACCGGCCACCGACGUUCGGUACACGGCGGAAGGCUACCCGGAUCCCCAGUUCCCGUCACCCCCGGAUGGUUACAAGGGCGGUGAGGUGCAACCGGUCACGUACUUGAGUGCGACGGCAGCCACCGCAUCGACAGCGGCCACCGCGACAGCCUUCUGCCAACCACCGCAACAGUGGCCCACCUUUCUGCCUGGCUUCCAUCCGCAGCUCAUCCCGAUCAUGACCGGCGGGGGUCCUGUGGCGGGGCCCGCCACCCUGCUCUCCUCACCGAUGUCCACCGGUGUUGGUGCUGGUGCUGGUGCUGGUCCUGGUCAGCUCAAGAAGUGUUCGGUUGGAGCGCAGACGUCCUCGUCGGAGUUGCUUGACGCCGCCAAGGACACGAUUCAUGAGCAGCGCGAAGAAGAGGAGGAAGAGGAGGAGGAAGAAGGCGGGGGUGACCGUGGGACGCAGGGGAAGCUGAGGCACCUGACCGGUCCGCUGGCGGACAGUCCGGACGAGGGGUACGUCGGUGACAGCCACGAGACGGCGAGUGACAUUUGACAGCAGGCGAAGGGCCCGGUAGUGCAACAACAUGUCUCUGCUUCCGCCGACACCCACCAACAACACGCCCAGCAUCAUCACCAUCUUCCCGCUCAUCAUCAUCAACAUCAUCAGCCACCGUCGCUGCAUCAUCAUCAUCAGCUCGAGUCGGAUGAUGUGCCGCUAUAGGGGGAGGGGAGCAGCAGAGCAGAGAACUUCUGAUCAGACUCCUGAUCAGACUUUAUCAGAUCCGCAUUCGUGGAUCAGAUUGGCGAAUCCCCUUUCCUUCCCUUCUUGAAUCCUGUACAAAGCUCCUCCUGGGCCUGGAAGACGCCCAAGUCCCGCGUGUUAUGUCUGGUCUGAUCGAGGGCACGAAAGAGAGAGAGAGAGAGAGAGAGAGAGAGAGAGAGAGAGAGAGAGAGAGAGAGAGAGAGAGAGACGGUUCCCGGGCCACUUAAUGAAUGUAGACAAUGUGUAAUGUGUGCAUGUGUGCAUGUAUGUGUGUGCGUGGCUGUUUAAACUGGCCACAAAUGGAGUAACUGCCUGGAGUAAAUCACUUUAACACAGCGAAUAGAGUGAAACGCAAAAAAAAAUACGAAUGGCCACACUCCCAAGUUGUGAAACGGAAUGUAAAGCGAAAAAAACAUGAAAACGAUAGAUUACAAAAUACAAAGAGAAAGAAGAAAAGAGAAAAGAGAGAGAGAGAGCGAGAGAGAAUGGCCAAUUUCCAAACCCCAAAAGCACGAGUUUAAAACAAUAAACAAUAACAACGCGCAUACGGUGGCUGGAAGUUGUGUAAAAAACACUGCUGCAAAAACCUGCUAAAAACUGGGUAGAAAGAAGGCAACAAAAAACUGUAAAACGAUAAAAAUGCUCCAAACGAUGGGUGUGUGGGUGUGUGAGUGAUAAAACGUUGAAUUCACCCUUUCUCUCUCCCUCUCUCUCUCUCUCUCUCUCUCUCUCUCUCUCUCUAUCUAUCUCGCCCUGUUGUUUCCGUUGGCUUCACAAUGGGCCUCCAGGGAAAAGCUAAACUAGGAAAAGCAAAUAACAAAAAGCGACGGCUCACCGCGGUGAUCCACGGUGCACCCGGUGCAGAAAAGCAUAGGCCAUUGGUGAAGGGAGGGGGCGAUGGUGCUCGAGUGCCCACAGAUAAUUCGAAUAAUUGGUUAGCAGCAGCUGUAAAUAGUGUUUUGUAGAUAACGCGCGGCGGAGUUCAGAGAGAGAGAGAAAGAGAGAGAGAGAGAGAGAGAAAGGAGCAGAAGGAGCGGGAGGACAACGGCAAAUCAAUCAGAGGGGAGGGAAAGGCGCUAGGAGGAAAGGGUGUACCGAGUACUCCAUCUCGAAGCCCUGCUGGUGUGCUCGCGAGGUUCGCUUUUUUUCCUUUGUUGGAUUACAAAUUAAAUUAUUGACAUUCACGCACGCACCCAUGGAGGGCCCCAUGGUGAUCCGGAUUGAAACGGAACGGGCUCAUUCCGAUUCCCGGCGGCCAGAUGCUAAGCGGUGCUCUAUGCAAUCAGCAUGUUGGUGGCCAUCUAAUGUGGAGCUUUUAUGCUGCGAUGAAUCCAUGGAAUGGACCACAAUUAUGAUGCGCAACGUGCUAGGGAUGCUCUUCGGGGCCACCAGCGGGGAAGCUCUAUUCGUAAUUUGUGUUAUGCGAACGCGAACGUCCGUUUUUAAUGCGAUUUAGUGCGAUUUGUUUGCAUUCCAUUAGGCACACGGGCCACGCAUCGUGGUGUUCAGGUUCAGGAAAGUGAAUCCAAUCCAUCGGGCGCUCGAUUCUAAUGAUUAUGCUUGGCUUCGGUGGUUGCAACAUAAACGCGCUUAUUAAAAGGGAAACGCGCUUCGGUGAGCAAUAAACUCGCGCGCGCGCGCACAAUGCAUGACGGCAAUCGGGACAGGAGAAAAAGUUAAUUGGAAUUCAGCAUCCAACCCACACCACACACAACGCACUUGCCGUUGAUCUGGUGUUGAAAUUUAUUAAAAUGAUAUUUUGAUUUAUUUUACUCCACACUCUCUCCCUCGCUCUGUUCCCUUCCGUGGCGUUCUUGACGCGUUUUGUUGCGAUGACGACCGACUGCGUUAUUGCUAUCGAUCCGGGUGGAAAAGGUCAAUCCGCCACCGCCACGGGAGCGCAGCGUGGACCGAAAAGGGCAAAAUUGAAGCCAACCAUAAUUGCAUAAACACGCCGUACCGUACCGUGCCAGGGCCAGCUGCCAGUAAUUAACAACAUGAUUAUGUCUGAUUUAUUGCGACUAAUUCCGGUGCAAACAAGCAAUCCGCUCGCUCGCCCGCCACCUCCGCCGGGGACUCUCGUGGUCGGGACUAAUUUGGAUGUUGGAUGUGUGCCUGAGCCUGCGGCUUGCACGUUCGGCCACCGUCAAAUCAAUUAACGGUUCAUCAUUUUGUGCUGCACUGGCGGAGGGGAAGAAGGUUGGACAUCGAAAAACACCCGUCAUCUUCUGUCACGUCAAUCAUUUCCCGGUGGGCGAAACACCAAUUGAUGAUCACAUGAGCUGAGCGAGUUGUGAGUUGUGCGGAACAGUAAUGGGCCCCAUUCGGGCCGAUGGCAGUGGCCCUUAAGGCCCGAAACAAACAAACCAAAUGGCCGAUUGGUCAUAAAAUACUUAUUUUGCUUGUUAUUGCGAUGCUCACCACGCCCCCAAAAUGGUGGCCGAGCGGGGGGCAAGUUCUCUGUGCUGCUGCUCGUGAGAGUACUGUUUGCAUAAGACGCGCAGAGCGGUAACGACGCUGAUGCUGAUUUGUGCGUUUCCAGGGAAUUUUAUGGAGACGAAAUAAAAGCACUCCAGGCGAGCACGUGUGCCGCACGGUACGGCCAAUGGUCCAUUAGUGGACCCGGGGACCUCCACGCUUAUGCCGCCAGCACAGGACUGGUGCUGGUUCUGGUGCACAUUCCAAAAAGUGCCGGCUCCGUAAUGCGCUUCCAAUUGGCCAACAUUUAUGAGUGGCUCGCUCGCUCGUUCUCAUUUCAUGGAAGCACGAUAAGACAUAAAAUGCUGCGUCGCCAAGGAUGAUGAUGAUGAUCGUGGGUGGUGCGUGGUGUACGAUGCAAUUUAUAGUUUUCUGGCGUUCGCUUAUGGUUCACUUAAGGCGCGGAUGGAUUGAUGGAAUGGUGUCCGCUCUUCCGAAGAGAUGAUUAUUGCUUUUGACAUAAGUUAGCGAGUUUGCGAGCAGGAACACAGUUCGAACAGUUCACCCAACCUUCCAGGACCGCUGCCCUGUCGAUCUCUCUUUUCACUCCGCAGGCGGGCGCGCGCGCGCGCAAGUAGUUUGAUGAAUUUGAUGGUGGCCAAUUCUCUGUUAAUAUAUUUGAUAAAUCAAACACAACCGUAGCGUGGGAGACUGUCGGUUGGGGGGGAAAUAAAAGAGUGGAGGGGGGUAUGUAAAAAUAGAAAUCAGAUAAAGGAUCCCCCACAGAGCAGCUCCACGGACGGUCUCUCGCCUCAAGGGGCAGCGCAGGUAGUUGAUUACCGUGGCAUAGCAAAGCGCAGCAUGAAAGAGUGGAAAAGAAAACUCCACGAGGAUUGUAAAGAAUCGAUCGAUAAGAUAAGAGAACCGAGAAAAAAAGAGAAAAAAGAAUAAAAAUGUAAAACAAGAAUGUUUAGCGAACGAAAACGAUUAAGACAAGUGAUGAGAGAGAGAGAGAGAGAGAGGAGAAAGGUGACUAGAAAGAUGAUAACAGCAAAUCCUUCCCCCCCAAAACUAAAUCCUCCCCAAAAAUAAAAAGAACAUAGGAACCUUUAAAUGUGCAACGUGCAAACGAACGCGAAAGACGCAAGAUUCGUGGAGAAAAAAUUGGAAGUAAAAACCACCACCUCCCACGCGUUCCCACGGAAAAAAAUGGUGGAAAAAGUUUGAGGUUAGUGCCGGAUGUGCGAUAAAGAAGAAGAAGAAGAAGAAAAAGAGGAAAAAAUGAUUAGAAAUAAACCCGACGCAGCGCAGCGAACGCAU